CCCAAAUGCUUCGCUCGCCCACUUUCAUCAUUCUCCAGUAUGACGGUCGUCUCCUCGAUCAACAGUAUUUUCUAAUUCAUUCGUGCAGUCAAUCACCUUAUAACCGCACGGCCGGCCACCCCUUCUUGCCGCUCCCUUCUCUUCCCUUUGUGUCGCCCUUCUCACAUGGCCUUUGUCCCACGCUGACAGGGUACUGCGUCGGCUUCGGCCAGACCCCGCAGUUUUCCAGGGCACCCGAAAGGACGGUGCAACGGAGACGACACCCGUCCCAACUACAUGCGCUCUUGUACCGCCUUGGAACCAAGACAUCCCUCUUGUCAAAGCUUCUCACCGCCAUGAUCACGCUAUUUCAGCUACCUGAACAUUUGUGAAAGGGACAUCAAGACAUGUCCUUCGAGCGAGACCCUGAACAAACACCCGCUAUCCUGUCGUCCCAAUAUGAUACGCCGAGCGACAAUCCAUCCACCUCCACAAACCGCAAUACAAUGCCUCCCACUGGCCCUAAAGACUCCAUUAUCUCCCGAAUACAGAUACAGUCGACACAAAUUCCGAAGGCGUGGAUCAGUCCCAUAUGCGGCGCCGGGGCUGGUUUCGCAUCCGGCAUAGUGACCUGCCCUCUCGACGUGAUCAAGACGAAAUUGCAGGCUCAAGGCGGCUUUGCUAGCAACCAUGGCAAAGGACCAAUGGCACAAACAAACCAGCUGUACAGAGGUCUUCUCGGUACCACCCGAGUCAUCUGGAAAGAAGAAGGGCUGCGGGGGAUGUAUCGAGGCCUUGGGCCCAUGUUGCUAGGCUACUUGCCCACCUGGGCGGUGUACCUAACAGUCUAUGAGAAGACGCGCGAGUUCUACUAUGAGCAAUGUGGCAGCUGGUGGGUGGCACGGUGCUACUCUUCGCUCACGGCGGGCGCGUGUUCGACGAUCCUGACGAAUCCGAUAUGGGUCAUCAAAACCCGUUUGAUGUCACAGAGCACCAAAGCUGCUAGCGACGGCAUGCGCGCCCCAUGGCACUACACAUCGACUUUGGAUGCUGCCAAGAAAAUGUAUCAAACCGAAGGCGUUCAAUCCUUCUAUUCCGGCCUCACGCCAGCACUCCUUGGUCUGACUCACGUCGCGGUGCAGUUUCCACUAUACGAGUAUUUCAAAAUGAAGUUCACUGGUUAUGGCAUGGGCGAGCAUCCAGCGGAAGACAGUGGUGCAAAUUGGGUUGGUAUCACUGCUGCCACAUUCUUGAGUAAAAUUUGCGCGAGCACAGCGACAUAUCCUCACGAAGUCCUUCGAACGCGUCUCCAAACCCAACAACGAACGUCCGGUCUAUCCUCGUCUGACGGUAUGGCCGUCAAAGCACGAUACACGGGCAUUUUACAUAUGUGCAAAGUCAUCCUCCAAGAAGAAGGCUGGCGUGCCUUUUAUGCCGGCAUUGGCACAAACCUAAUUCGUGCCGUGCCCGCCGCAAUGACCACCAUGUUGACCUACGAAUGGUUACAAAAGCUUAUCCAGGAAGCUCAAGCUAAAGGUGAAGAAUUGAAACGACCCGCCGAAGCUUAUCCGACAUGAAUCUUCUAUCCCUCUUUCCUACAAGAUGAACUCGACCCCAUUUGCAAGGCGUUGGUGGUGUAUGAUUUCACUUUGACACUUGACUUGUUCGACUGGAUUUGCGUCCCGAACAUCCACAGGCGACGUUAUCAAAGGUUGCAUUGAUUUACUACUGGGCGCGCCGGGCUUACAACCGUGACUUUCUUGCCUGGCGCAGCGAUGACGUCCUUGCCCACGAGUUUCAGACAUAUGAAUGCUUGAGCGCUGUUCCAAGGCGUGGUGCAUCUGAGAUUGAUGGGGUCCUCCGAGUCUGCACUUUCUCCUGCAUCUGCGCUACUAGAUAAGACGCCCCUCGACGGAUAGCUGAGCAUUGAGAUCAUAUGGCAGGUUCAUGUCCACUUUGUCACCGGAUAUCGGGCAGACGCAGAGAACGGGAGCCAUGGAUCCAGCUAUUUGCUUGCUUACUUGUUGGCCACAAGCCCCGUUUCCACUGCAGGUGAUGGAGGGAGGCCCGGACCAAGGACAACUUGGCCAGCACGAAUUGUAUUUCUUGGAUCAUCUACUUCCAGGCUCCCUCUUUCUUUUUCCCUUUUUGUUGUCCAAAAGAGAGAGAGAGAGAAGGAGAAAGAAGGAGUCUGCCAUCCAUCGAGAAAGUCCGGCCAAAGUCAGGAACCAGGAUCGACCUGCUUCGUACAAUGUGUGGAACCUGCCAUGUUCAUCCUGUUCAAGGAGAGUUCUCCUACGUGGUCCGGUCAUAAAUUCUCAGAUUCACCCUGUCGUCCCGGUGGCCAACAGCGCAGUGCAUUGCAAAGUCCAGUGGCCGGAUAGAAGAUAAUCUCAGACAUGCUUACAAGAGAGUUCAGAUACAGCGAUGGAAUUUGGUCUGUGGCUGGAAGAAACGGACGGGGACGGGGAUGUCUGGCUCCCCUGUGGCUGGCUAUUCUAACCUGGCGAGAAAAGUGCAUGAGGGCGGUACUAGUCUGGUGAUAACAAUGGCCAUCAAGCGCCGACACUGGCAUAGCACAAAGAAAGAAAGAGCCUCCGCCCCCGACGAAUCAACUUGAACAUGAAAUGAGAGAUCGAUUUGACUCUAUGAGUUCUUAAUCCCCUGUGAACACGCCCAGUAUAUCUUCCCUUCAAUUCCUGGCAUUGGAAUAUACAAACAACACUGUAAGGAGUACAACCGAGCAAUCUGAAUUAUUUCACGAUUUCAAUUGGGACUACUACACAGUCCAAAAAAUUUAGACCAUCAAUCAGUACAGUGCGGCGCUGCAUCCACUGCAGAAACAUGCAAAGCAAGCAUUUCCAACCCAGACGCCCCUUGAACCCAUAAACCAUAACCAUAAACAUGUAGGCGACUUAGACGAUAAGCCA